AUGCCACAGCCACCCUUUGCUCCGGCUGUGGGCUCUCCAUCAAGUAAUGGCUUCACCUUCGACGACUCUCCUGUGCAAAGCAGCACUGCAUCUACGAGUGGAAAAUCGUCGCACAGUACGAAGAGCGCCUUCCUCGAGGAAAUCAAACACGAGAUCAUGGUCAGCCAUCUUUACCAACAACAAUGCUCGCACCUUUGGGUCAGCGAUGGAUGCGGAGACAGUGAAGGAGUCUUGCUCAGGAGAUCAAGAGGUCAAUACCUGGCGUGUCCACAGGCACUGCUCGAUUCCCACUUUGCAGAAGCUUGUAGAUUGCUCAAUGUCGCCAUGACUGUCAACUCAAGAGUCAUAAAAACAUUUUUCGCCUGGACACCGGAUGCUACUGACGUACCUUUGAUGAAUGGGCUCCGAAUACAGAUUCUGCAGACUAUUCAUGAUCUGCCCCGUGCCCGAAAGUAUCAGUUUGCGGCAUACGUGGCCUCGGAGUCACUCCUCGUGGUGUGGGACGAUGACCCGUCCAAUCUCUUAAAACGGGCGACCACUAUUGAAUCUCAGCUUAUGGAACUUGUCUGGGGUAUUGGCGAGGCCAACGAAGACGAGGCUGUAAUUCAUGAAAAGCACGGUAGUGCCCAGGUCUCCCUUGACUCAGAAUCCAGGGAGCCCAUUCCAGAAUGCCGGGCCACCAAUCUCAUGAACACCAUCCUCGUCGCCUUCACACUGAUCAUUGUUGUCGUUUUACUUGGACUCGCAUGUCGGUCUUUGGCGAUCGAGAUUGCUGUCGACCAUUCGUACCUCCGUCUUGCCUUUCUGUCUCUGGUCCCAGUCCAAGUCUUUUUUACGUUGUUCUUCGCGCAAGUCAUAGUUGGUUGCGUGGCUCAAUGCAUCGGUCCCGUCCGUCAAAUGCAGCUCAACUCGAAAUACUUCUCUGCCAGGCGUUCACCUCGGCUUCGCACCGAGUCACUCCCACACAUUACAGUCCAGUGUCCUGUGUACAAAGAAGGCCUUUUAUCCGUAAUUGUACCGACUGUUAAGUCCAUCAAGCAAGCCAUAUCGACCUACGAACUCCAAGGUGGCACUGCGAACAUGCUCAUCAACGACGACGGGCUCCAACUCAUAUCCGAGGAUGAACGAAAAGCCCGAAUGGAGUUCUACCAGGAUCACAACAUAGGUUGGACUGCCCGACCCAAGCACGGGAGCGAGGGUUUCGUGCGCAAGGGCAAGUUUAAAAAGGCAAGCAACAUGAAUUACGGGCUAAUGCUUUCAUGCAAAGUUGAAGAAAAGCUCCUGGAGUAUCACCGUCCAAGCACUUGGACCUCGAAUGAUGAGAACCACGCAUAUGACGAGAGCCUGGCACAGGUCAUCGCCGAGACUCCCCGUGCAUGGGCGGAUGGCAACAUUCGCGUUGGCGACUACAUUCUCCUGAUUGACAGCGACACGCGUGUCCCUGCGGACUGCCUCCUCGACGCAGUAAGUGAGAUGGAACAAUCUCCCAAUGUCGGCAUCAUGCAAUUCGCCUCAGGCGUCAUGCAAGUGGUGCACACGUUUUUCGAGAAUGGAAUCACGUUUUUCACCAACCUGAUUUAUACGGCAAUCGAAUAUACCGUUGCGAAUGGGGACGUGGCGCCUUUUGUCGGUCACAACGCGAUCCUCCGCUGGAGCGCCAUUCAGCAAGUUAGUUAUACCGAUGAGGACGGAUACGAGAAGUUCUGGUCAGAGUCGCACGUCUCCGAGGACUUCGAUAUGUCCCUACGCCUCCAGUGUGACGGUUACAUUAUCCGCCUCGCAUCCUGGGCACACGGCGGGUUCAAGGAAGGCGUGAGCCUGACUGUGUACGACGAGCUCGCCCGCUGGGAAAAGUACGCGUAUGGAUGCAACGAGUUGCUCUUCCACCCCAUCCGGCAAUGGAUAUAUCGUGGUCCGUUUACGGGACUGUUUCGUCGCUUCUUGUUAAGCAAUAUUCGCUUCACCAGCAAAAUCACCAUCAUCAGUUACAUCGGGACAUAUUAUGCCAUCGGUGCCGCGUGGAUCAUGACGUUGGCGAAUUAUUUCGCCAUAGGCUGGUUCAACGGCUACCUUGACAAGUACUACAUUGACAGCUGGAAGGUGUGGUUCAGCAUUGUGAUUGUCUUCAACGGACUGGGGAAUAUCGCGUUGGCAAUCAUGCGGUAUCGGAUUGGCCAGGCCAGUUUCCUCGGAGCGCUCGCAGAGAACUUCAAGUGGAUCCUGAUGCUGAGCGUGUUCUUGGGCGGAUUGAGUCUCCACGUGAGCCAGGCCCUGUUGGCGCACAUGUUUGAGGUGGAUAUGACAUGGGGUGCCACGAGCAAAGAGGCCGAGUUCAGCAACUUUUUCAUCGAGGUGCCCAAGGUGGUGAGCAAGUUCAAGUUCAGCAUCGCCUUUGCGAUCGUGGCCAUCAUUGGCAUGGUCUGGCUUGCUUGCAAUCCAGGUGGACUGUUACCCUACGAUUGGGUCAUUGGGGACUUGAUCGCAAUCCUGCCGAUGAGCACUGUUGCUGCGAGUCAUUUGUUGCUGCCAAUUGUCUUGAAUCCGGCUCUGAUGACGUUCUCGUGGUGA